AUGUCCAGAUUCAUGGUCUCUGGCAAAAGAAUCACAGUGGUACGAAAGAAUUGCCACUGUUUUCACGGACGAGCAGUGGAAAAGCAAUUUCCGAAUAACCAAAAAAUGUACUUUGAACUCUGUGAUCGAUCAUCGGAACUUGAGAGGAAAGCGAGCAAUUUCAGGAAUCCCAUUCCUCUUGGCAAGAGAGUUGCAAUUGCUCUCUACAAACUAGGCUCGUCAGCAGAAUAUAGGACGAUUGCCAGCCUAUUUGGAGUUCACAAAUCCACAGUAUGUGAAUGUGUCUUGGAAUUCUGCUCAUUACUUGUGGACAAUCUUCUUAAAGAAGUGAUAACAUUUCCAUCUAGCACAGCAGAAGUUUCUCGUUUAAUUGGAGAAUUUGAAGAUAUUUGGGGCUUUCCUCAAUGUUGUGGAGCCAUUGUUGGUUCCCACAUUCAAAUAAAACCCCCCAAAAAAAACGCAACUUGUUAUCACAAUUAUAGAAGUUUAUACAGUGUAAUACUUCUAGCAGUGGUGGAUGCAAAAUACAAGUUCCUAUACAUAAACGUGGGGGCUACGGGAAGAAAUAAUGAUUCUUUUGUAUUUAAAAAUUCAAAUUUAUAUCGUUUUUUCCGCCAAAGCACCAUUUUUCCACCUCUAAACAGAAUACUAAACAAUGUUAGUGUCCCUGCAUGUUUGGUUGCAGAUUCCGCAUUUCCGUUGCUGCCUUUUCUGCAGAAGCCGUACAUACAGAGGCACCAAAUGCCAGAGUAUCAAAAACACUGCAACUCUACACUCUCUAGAGCUAGAGUUGUUGUAGAAAAUGCUUUUGGAAGGCUGAAGGCUCGUUUUCGUUGUCUUCAACAAAUGGAUUUUUCCAUCAAAAACACAACGAAGAUUAUACAAGCCUGCUGCAUUCUAAACAACCUCUGUGAACUAAACAGUGAUGAUGUUUACCCAAUAUGGAGUGUUCCCCAAGCUCUUCCAAAUCAAGAUACCGAGGAAGGAGACACUGAUGAACAAUCAGUGCGCAUUAGAGAAGCUAUUGCUAAUUUUCUUGCCUCUUAA